CUUCCUGCGAAGAGGAAACCGUGCCAAGCGACAGUUUGAGAAUUUAAUAUCCCAGUCAAAACACAUAAGUGGAAGAGGAGAGACCAAACACAACUUGAAAUUUGUCUGUCUAGCUGCAACAACGGAUAUAUUUCCUCACCACGGAUUCUAAAGUGGAGAGCGUUUUUUCUGCCCUAUCCUUGCAUUUCUUUAAAAAAGAGAUGGAAGAGAGUUCAAGUUCUCCAGUCUCCCCUGUGGAUAGCAUAGUGACCAGCGAGGAGGAGCUGGACAGACAACAGAAAAGGUUUGGAAGGAAGAGGAGACACAGUAAAAAGUCGAGCGAGGACAGCAGUCCUCCGUCUUCCGUGAAACGGGGCAAAAAACCGAGCCCAAGCAGUACGCAGUCCUACGAGGAGUUGCAGAACCAGCGGGUGCUGGCCAACGUCAGGGAGAGGCAAAGGACUCAGUCGCUAAACGAAGCUUUUGCAUCGUUACGAAAAAUCAUCCCAACUCUGCCGUCGGAUAAACUCAGCAAGAUACAGACUUUGAAGCUGGCAUCCCGAUACAUUGAUUUCCUCUACCAGGUGCUGCAGAGUGAUGAGAUGGACAGCAAGAUGUCGAGUUGCAGUUACGUUGCGCACGAGAGACUCAGUUAUGCUUUCUCGGUGUGGAGGAUGGAGGGUGCGUGGUCAAUGUCUGCGUCCCAUUAGCUACAAAGGCGCCCUGAUUAUGCCAAAGGGACUGUUUAGGCCUACUUCCACUAAGUAUGAAGACACCAAGGGAAUAAAUGAAGAACCUUCGAACCUCAGAGACAUUCUAUGAGACGUAAUGUGAUACACAACUGCGGGCUCUGGAUGAACACUUCAGGCAUCAUGCAUCUGAUAAGAAGACAGAUAAAUGGCCAAGAGUAAUAACUGACACCUACAUUGCGGUACCCAGAAUUCAGUGGCGUCUCCUCUGUCGACUAACACAUUUAUUAUCUUUUAACAAGUUAUUAAAUGUUGGUAUGGUGAUUGACAGGAAGCCAUUCUGUAUCUUUAAGAAUACUAUAUUUCAUGUGUUUUAUCUUUAAAUAGAGGUAUAUAUAAAUGUUUCGAUACAAAAUAUUGUACAUAGGCUACCUGUGAUUAUCGUCUGCUUUAAAGGGGACCAAUGCAAUUUAGAAUCAUUCUCUCUUGAGGUACGCUGCAUGGAUUUUCCUAUGGUAUUGUAGACAGCAUUCUCAAAAACCGUCCAUUGUAUAUUUGUGCUUAUUUAUUAAAACUCAUAUUUUUUGAACAACAUAGUCGAGCUCAUUGCUUUAAAUAGAACACCUUUAUAGGUUUACGCAUGUCGUCAAACCACGUGGUUCAACUUUGUUGCGCAGUCUCGACCAUAAAUA